AUGAUCCGUCUUGCACCAGCCAUCAUUUAUGGAUUAAUUACCAUACUUACUUUAUGUUUGUUAUUUGCAGUAGUGACUUUACCUAAUGCCUCCAGAUGGUUUCAAGGUUCAAGUGCAUCUAUACAACAAGAUAUCAUUGUACUACUUGAAAAUACUACUUCUUUGAAAAGUGAUAGUGCAUUUAUUUCAGAACAGUGGAAGUACGAUAAGAAUUUAAUCACCGCCGACAACACCCCUUCUCCCAUCGAAUCUGGCUUACAGGGUUUAUUAUAUGAUCGUGGACUAUCUUGCUCAUCAACUGUCACAAAUACACUUCCAUUCCCACUUCAUGACUCGGCAUGGAAAGACAACUUGACAAGAAUCGCUUUAAUUCGAUUAGGAGGAUGCUUAUUAAUGGAAAAGUUGAAAUAUGCUCAAAGUGAUGGUGCCAAUGCUGUUAUUGUAUAUGAAGACGCAUCAUUGACCUUGGAAGAUAUCAAUGGAGAAAAUAGUAUGAAUCCAAGUUCAAGAAUGCAUGUUGACCCAAAUACAAUAUUUAUCCCGACAUACUAUGUUGACCAUACGACUGGCAUGGAACUUUAUGAACGAUUAGAAAAUCUGACACAUUGGGAUAACAAGACAAGCUCAACAAUGACCGAACUUGUGGAUAGUAUUCCUUCUCAUGUUGUCACUCGAGUCACGUUGUAUCCUGAUCAAAAACCAUUCUUGGAACCCUGGCAAUUUGCACUGAUUGUGAUUGGCGUGGUAUUCUUUACAACAUUAAUGAUUGUGCUUGGAGUACAAUGUCAUCUUUGUCGCAUUGCUCGAAAACAAAGACAACAACGAAGACGAAGACGACGACAACAAAGCAUGGAUGAUGGUCAAACAUUAGGUGAUGAUGAUGAAGAACCUCAAGAAUCAUUUUGGCUUCAAUUAUUAUCAGCAACAACCAUAGAGGAUGAUCCUGUCAAUGAAGGUAGUUCACAUCAGCGACAUGAAAAGAAACAGCGGUAUCGGUUACAUCCUUCUGUAUUGGACAUAUUACCUACAAGAUAUUGGGAUGGGACGACUGAAAAGGACAUGGAUCAAUGUGUGAUUUGUUUGGAAAGCUUUGAAUUGGAUAAUUUAUUACGUAUAUUACCCUGUGGGCAUGAAUAUCAUCAAGAUUGUAUAGAUAUUUGGCUCACCAAGAAAAAUGCAUGUUGUCCUCUUUGUUUUCAAAUUGCUAUUACUCUUCCCACCAUACCAGAACAAGUACAUAUUGGUCAACAACAACAGAGACAACAGGAUUAUAUAGAUAUCUUCUUGGAGAAUAAUGAUAGUAUAACGGAAGAUCGAUUGGAAGACACUUGGUUUGAAUUGGCUAAUCAACGGGAAACAACUGUACGACAACAUCCUUCUCGACAAGCACACUUGAGAACCCCUCGACUUUCAUUGACUCCAGUCCUCACAUCACAACCAACAACAUCAUCACCAUCUUCAUCAGCACCAGCAAGGCAAGAGCGACCAUCAUAAUAGAUAGCAUUAGAUUAGAAAUUAGAUGAUAUUGGAAAAAAAAAAAUAGAAAUAA